GAAUCUAUGCCCUGUAUAAAUCUUGCUUCAUCAAGAUUUAGCUGGGUGAUGAUUUACCUUCUACGGAGUUUACACCAGAUACAGACAAUCAACUUGAAAUCUCAUUUCUGAAAGAGGACCUCUAUAUCAGGAAGUAAUAUUUCCAAUCUGGAUAAGGGAUCUCCCCACAGACAACAAUUGAUCUCCGUGGCAACCACAAAACAGACCCUCCUGAAGAGUGAGCUGAUGGUACAUUUCCCAGAAUAUUGACAGAAAUGGAGGAGGGAGAAAAUAAAGGCAACUUGGCAGCUCAAAUAUUUGAGCUUCAAGAGAUGGUCCGUGAGAUGAAAGAUGGUUUUAGUACAGCUAUAGAAGAGCUGGCCAAGAUACAAUAUGAUGACAAGGCCCUUCAAGAAAAGCUUGAGACCAACAAGGCAGAACACCAGAAACAACUAACAGAUGUUGUACAAAUGGUCCUGUCUCUCAAGACUGAGUUUGGAGGAGUAGUGAGCCAGCUGAAGGUAACCAGUGAGUCCCAGCAGAGCCUCAAAGAGCAGGUGCAGCACUUAAAGUAUGAGAGAGAUGUCUUACUGGAGGAGUUAGAGAAACAUGGGGCUAUCAGUGGGGAACUUAGGAGUAAGUAUGACAGUGGCCAGAAAAGCAGACCAACUACCACUCAUUAUAACCCAGAUGAGUCACAGCUGGCUGUGCUUUUAGAGCGAGCCCAUGUGGCAUUUAGUCAGCCAACACAUAUCACAAGUGAUCACGAUAGUGGUGUGACUGCGGUGCAGAAUGGGUCAUCAUUUGGAGAGACAACGCCACCUGUGUUAUCUCCCAUGGUGCAGUCUUUCAUUGAUGGACUGCAUAGUAAUCAUGGCGGUCAGGAGAACACAGCAAAUGAAGUGAAUGUAAACUAUGACUCUGAUUCGUCCUUACAUACUGCAGGCCAGAAAAGACUGAAUCUUCCGUCUAUGCAAAAUAAACAAUUCUCAAUUAACCAAUCAGAUUCAAGUGAUGCUGAACGAAAUGGCAAUAUAAAGUCAGAGAAAACAUUCAAGGAAAGAGAAAUGCUUGGGAAUAAUUCUCCGUUUACAUUGCAAGACCUAUCGAUGCCAAAACUCCCACAAACUAAUAGUAGUUCCCAUAGCCAAAGAAAGGUUGCGCCGCAUGAAGAAACUAUAAGAGAGACUCAUAGAACAAAGAUAGCAAGAGAUUUGCUUGAGAGUGAGAGGAAAUAUUGUUCAGCAUUAUGGGCGAUACAGGAUAACUUUGUGGAUCCCCUACACCAAGCUGCUGUUAUAGAAGAUAAAGACAUAAGUAUAAUAUUCCCCGGCAGUUUGUCGAGGAUCUAUGAGUGCCAUUGUAACCUGCUUCAUAAAUUAGAAGAGAGGCUCCUGACCUGGAAGUCCCAGGGUUUACUGGGGGAUAUCUUCACUAGAAUGGUAGACUCUAAUGAGUCUGAACUGCUGGGCUUGUACAAGAACUACAUACAGGAGUUCCCCCUGUGUAUCAGUAUGCUACAGAACUAUCAGAGACAAUCUGUCAAGUUCAGAAAAUUCUUAAAGAAAUGUGAGAAGCACCCAGCAUGUGAGGGGAUGGAUGUUGUUAUGUUCCUGGUAUCUCCUAUAAAGAGGAUACCACAAUAUGUACUCAUCAUGCAGCAACUGUUGAAGUUUACAGACAGAGAUCAACCAGACCAUUACUUCCUGCAGUCUUCAGUGCAGAAACUUCGGCAUUUCCUGUCACAGAUGCAUGAUGGGAUAGAGCAUUCAACAAACCUCAUACAAGGCGAGAGUUACACUGGUACAAAAAGACAAAGUAAUUCCAUGAAGUCAGGCUCUAGUGGAUAUGAUCCCCUGCAGUUCUCCAGUGCAACUAGGGAUAGUGGGGUUCAUUCUACUGUUGAGGAUCAACAUACACCUUUCAUUUACAACAGGCCUGACAGUGCCACCACCCAAACAACCAGUAACAUCUACUCAAGCUACAGUGACUUUAUGUCUGAUGGACUCUCAGUCCCUAAUCAGAGCUCACGGAAUAGCAGUGCACAUAAUACUCUAUCGAACUCUACAGGUACAGGUGGCUCAUAUUCCUUAUAUGGAAACAGGGAUCAGACUUUUUCGCAUUUCGAGGGAGCACACACAGCUCCUAGGCCGCAUAGGGAUAGGCGAAAGAAGAGAAAUGACCAUGUUGAGUUUUCAACGAAGCCUCCUUCUGGAUUGUAUAGGAAUGAUAUAGAUGGUGCUACUAAUCCUGCUGAACGGUUACAUCAGAGGAAACUUCGUAACCAACGUUCUAAAUCGAUGUUUGAUCAAAUGUCGGAGGCCAGUUUCCAUAGUAGAGUAGAUUCUAAGGAAGAUGAAGACUAUAGUGAUAUGAAUCAACACAGACAUACUGUGCACUCCCUGGAUUACAAUCAAUGGGACCCACAGAAUCAAAAUGGUGGCCAAAUGGGAUUUUCUAAUGGCAAUAUUUCUGAGCAAAUCCAAGACACAAGUGGUCAAGACUUUGGUAUAUAUGGAGAUAAUGACUCAGUUAAUGGAGAUAUAGGAACUCAAUAUGAACCCUCGUUGAGCACGAGAGAAGCAUUAACCAGGAGAGCUCAAAAACUAGGUCAAUUACAAAAAUCCAAAAGUCAGGGUGAUAUUUUAAUCGAUGCCAACUCAGAAAGCCCAAUGCAACAACGAAUCAAUAUGUCUCUGGCUAAAAGUCUAGCUGAGGAAAAAUUCAUCAGUAAGGUGGUAUAUGCCGAACAGCCAAUAUCAGAAAAGCCUAAAAAGAAAACCCAAAAACCUCAGAGAGUGACUUUACCAGAUCCACCUCCUGAUAGAGUAAAGGAGAAUGUGUGGAAUGAAUCUCAACCCGAUGUGUCUCAAGAUAAUGGCCCAGAAAGCAAUAGAAGGAAAGAAUUGAGGAGAAAGAAGAAAGAAAAACAGAGGCAGAUCCUGGAGAAUAUGCAAGCAAGUAAAGCAGAGGAUCCAAAUAGACCCAAGAAAAAGUCAUCGUUUAGAGACUCAUUGAAAAAUCUCUUUAAUAGAAAGAGAGGACAGUCUCGAGUCGUCGAGAUCGGCUCCGUUGACGACUUCACAGACUUGAACAUAGACAAUGACGUUAACCAUACUCCUGUCACGCCAUCUAUUCAUGUUGAUCCCCCAGAAUUCAACAAUACAUACGAGGAUGAGAAUGGGGACCCAUGUAGUGCAGUUUAACUUCUUAACAAAAUUAUAUACAUAUCAGAUUACAGUAAAACCUGGCUAAGUGUUCCACUUGGAAGGUGUUCUAAUAAGUGUUCAACUUCUAGAGGUGUUCCACUUUACAGGUUUCACUG